AUGAACCGUGCCACUGAAACCGAGUCUACAUCAACCAAUUCAGACAUUUCAAUGGACGUUAAGAAAAGCCCAAUAAAAGAUGAUGUUGAACACGCCGGGUCUCCAUCGACACAAGGAGAGAUAACUCAACAAAAUCCCGACCAAGAGAGGGACUACCUCAGGCACUCCAGAACUUGCAUUCUCAUGCUCCUGUUUAUUGCAGGCAUUACCGCUGGAGCGUUGACAUACUCCUUCAGCAAGAAGUUACAAGACGAAAACUUUGAUCUACAGGUCAAUAUUUUUGCUCUAGAGAUUGAGCAAGCUGCCCAACACAGAAUAAAGGACAUUGUUGGCGUGAUCGAAACCUUGUCCACGACUAUCAGUGCUUCAGUUGAAAUGUCUACUGCAGCGUGGCCAUCCAAGACAUUCUCCAACUACGAACGUGUCGUAUCUGACUUUCGACCAGUUGCACACAGUCGGCUUCUUGCCUUUUGUCCUUAUGUUCAAGAGGGCGAGAGACCGUUAUGGGAUCAGUAUGCUGUCGCCAACCAAGGCUGGCUUGCUGAAAGUUAUGAACAAGCUGGAAUCACCAAAACUGUGAAGGGCAUUUCGAUGAAACCAUAUGGUUUCAAUACUGCAGGAGCGAUGGUUCCAACUGUCGAAGGUCCCGCGAUGCCACUCUGGCAAAUCUCAACACCUCCAGACGAUGCUUCUGUGGUCAACUAUGAUAUAUUGUCCGACGCAGUGUUCUCCAAGGCAUUUGCUGCUGCUGCUGAAAAGAAGACAGCUGCAUUUACUGAAGUGUUGGGCACGAGCAACAUCUUGAGCAAAUUCAGCGAGGGAAACAGUCCAGAGAGUGCAAUCAUCUAUCCAAUGUUGCAAGACUCUACUGUAGUGGCGAGCGUCCUAUCUGUGGUGUCGUGGGACGAGUUCAUGAAUGAACUCUACCAAGAGAACAUGAAUGGUGUUUUUGUCGUACUCAAGAACACUUGCGGCCAAGAAUACACAUACAAGAUGGGAGCCACCGGUGCCGAGGCCCUUGGCCAAGGCGCUCUUCACGAGAAAGACUAUGAAUCGAAAAUGCAUGUGGCUGAACUUGCUCCUUCUUUGCAUGCGCAGUCCGACAACUGCGAGUACUUCCUACAUGUCUAUCCAUCCGAAGAGCUGGAGGGCAGACUCAUGUCAAUGAUUCCAGUUGUCCUAGCCGUUGCAGUUGGUCUUCUUUUCUUAUCAGCAUUUGCUGGAUUCUACUUUUACGAUCUUUUCGCAUCUAAAAAGCAACGAGAAGCUGCAGAGAAGGCAGCUGCAAACAAUGCUAUUGUUGACUCUCUUUACCCGAAAGAGAUUCGAAACCGUCUAUUCAACAAGGACGAGGACAAGGCUAUCGAUACCAAGGGAAGCUUUGACGCGCCUGAACCCGCUGACGACGUUAUCCAAGGAGCCCAAAAGUUCCGUCUCAAGAACUACCUACAAGAAGACCCGGGUAUGCAGAAUAAGACAGACGAAGAGAUGGAAGAUAUUGGUGACUCCAAACCAAUUGCUGAUCUGUUCCCACAUACGACAGUACUGUUUGCUGAUAUCGCUGGUUUCACGGCUUGGAGCUCUGUCCGUGAACCUUCUCAAGUCUUCACUCUGCUCGAAACAAUUUAUAAGGCCUUCGACACCAUCGCUAAGAAGCGAAAGGUCUUCAAAGUUGAGACAGUCGGAGAUUGUUAUGUUGCAGUGACCGGUUUGCCAGAGCCCAAUAAGGAUCACGCCGUUAUCAUGUGCGAAUUUGCCCGAGACUGCCAAAUUCAAUUCAACGACCUUGUCAAGCAUUUGGAAGUCCUCCUUGGUCCUGAUACUGCCGAGUUGGGUAUUCGGAUGGGUCUCCACAGUGGUCCUGUAACCGCCGGAGUCUUGCGAGGUGCCAAGUCGCGUUUCCAGCUUUUUGGAGACACUGUCAACACUGCAGCAAGAAUUGAAACUACAGGACGACGUGACAAGAUUCACCUUUCCCAAGAAACUGCAGAACUUGUCAUCCAAGCAGGCAAGAAAAAGUGGAUGGAACGUCGAAAUGAUACGAUUGUUGCCAAAGGAAAGGGUGAGAUGCAAACGUACUGGUUGCUAUCCGAAGCAGAGAUGAAGUCUGGAGGUGGUGAAUCGAAGACGGCGAAGGAAGCCGCCGCUCUUCCAGUUGUCCAUGCCAUGCAACCUCGACUUGCUAAACAAUCAAUGAAUGUACUUGAUCCCGAAUCUUCCUUGCCACCAAAGAUUAAGCGCCUUGUGGACUGGAACGUUGAUGUACUCAAGCGGUUGCUCAAGCAAGUCGUUGCGAAACGCAAUGCUAUGAAUGUGGAACAAUUCGACAUCAACCAUCCAACCAUGAUGAAGGUCGAGAUGAACAUUGGCUGCGAUACUUACGUUUUAGAUGAAGUUGUUGAGAUCAUCCGUCUUCCUGGAUACUCUCAUUCCACCAAUGUCCGAGAAGCCAAGAAAAUCGAACUGCCAGAGCAGGCGGAAGAACAGCUGCGAUUGUACGUCUCCUCCAUUGCAGCAAUGCACAGAGGAAAUCACUUCCACAACUUCGAGCAUGCAAGUCACGUUAUGAUGUCUGUUUCCAAGCUCUUAUCACGUAUUGUGGCACCGGAUGAAAUCCUCCAGGGUGACAGUACUGAUGCGGGAUUGGAAGCUCACUUGCACGAUCACACCUACGGUAUUACAUCAGAUCCUUUGACUCAGUUCUCAGUUGUUUUGGCUGCAUUGAUUCAUGAUGUCGAUCACAGUGGCGUUUCAAACUUUCAAUUGAUCAAGGAGAAGGCCAAGAUUGCAUCUGUAUUCAAGAACAAGAGUGUUGCCGAGCAGAACUCGAUUGUGAUUGCAUGGGAUCGUCUCAUGGAAUCCCGCUUCACUGCUCUUCGAUCAUGCAUCUAUUCCAGCCCUGACGAGCUCAAGCGAUUCAGACAGCUUAUGGUGAAUACUGUUCUGGCUACUGAUAUAUUUGACAAGGAACUCCAGAAUAUUCGCAAGAAGCGAUGGGAUGAUGCCUUCGCCAACAUUAUUCACAACCAAAACGAAGAAGAUGAACAAAAUCGCAAGGCUACUAUCGUCAUUGAGCACUUGAUCCAAGCGUCGGAUGUGGCCCAUACGAUGCAGCAUUGGCAUAUUUACCAAAAGUGGAACGAGCGCCUCUUUGCCGAGAUGACCGUUGCCUAUCAGAGCGGUAGAAUGCCAAAGAAUCCAAGUGAGAAUUGGUACCAAGGGGAAUUGGGAUUCUUUGACAACUACAUUAUCCCGCUCGCAAAGAAACUGAAAGAAUGCGGUGUCUUUGGGGUCUCAAGUGACGAGUACUUGAACUACGCCAUGGAGAAUCGUCGCGAGUGGGCUAACAAGGGGGAAGAAGUGAUUCAAAAGAUGAUUGCUAAAUACAGCAAUCAGCAACCAGCGGGGGGAGAGUAG